CUAGUUUCAGCCAAAGUGUCAAACAAGCGUCUGUCAAUCUGUCAUCAAUGUUUUCCUGAGUUUAUUUUGUAAAAGGAAAUAUUGUGAUAGUUCAACAUUUCCAUAUAAAUAGGAAAGUUUAUUCACAAUAUAAGAAGUGACUAUGUCGAUUACUACAUUGUAUUAUAUGCAAUUGAAACGGGAAAAUGCGCAUGAGGACUCAAUUUGGUGUUGUGGCUGGAGUAAAAUAGAUAAUGAGAAGCCUAAAGAGCCUGAAAAUGAGAAUAUUGAGCCUUCACAUGAUUCGAACCACGAAGCUGAAGUUAGUUCAGAGAACUACUUGAUCACUGGAGGGCUUGAUGACUUGAUCAAAGUGUGGCAGCUUGAGAACGGCAAACUGGAGGAGAAACAUCAGUUGGAAGGACACUCUUUGGGUGUCAUAUCUGUUGCUGUCAGCCCUGAUGGGAAGACAUUAGCCAGCAGUUCUCAAGACUCCUCCCUAAUACUUUGGGACUUGACGAAUGGUGAGAAAAUAAAGACAAUGGAGACAGGUCCCACAGAUGUGUGGACUUUAGACUUCUCUCCUGAUGGCAAACAUGUUAUAUCUGGGAGCAAUGCGGGGAAGAUUCUCAUAUUUGGAGUAGAAAGUGGGAAGCAAGAGCAGACUUUAGAUACAAGAGGAAAAUUCACAUUGAGUGUUGCUUAUAGUCCAGAUGGAAAGUACAUAGCAAGUGGAGCCCUGGACGGUAUCAUCAACAUCUUCGAUGUGGCUCAAGGCAAGCUUGUCCAUACGUUAGAAGGUCACGCUAUGCCUAUAAGGAGUCUUUGCUUCUCACCAGACUCUCAGUUACUGCUCACAGCCUCUGAUGAUGGGCAUAUGAAACUUUAUGAUGUAGUUCAUGCAAACUUAGCGGGCACAUUGUCAGGGCAUGCCUCAUGGGUGCUGUCAGUAGCUUUCUCACCUGAUGGCAAAAGGUUUGCAUCAGGCAGUGCAGACCGGACGGUACGAGUCUGGGACCUAGACAGUAUGCAGUGCCAACAUGUAUUUAAGGAACACAGUGAUCAGGUUUGGGGUGUGAAGUUUAAUGCAGAAAGUAAUAAAAUUAUGUCUGUAUCAGAAGAUAAAAGUUUAAAUAUUUAUGACUGCCCAUUAUAAUAAUGUAUAAUAUUAGUUUUUUAAUAUACCAUACCAUCUUGUAAA